AUGAAGCAAGCCCAAGCACUCGCAACACGUGUUGCUGUCGCAUCUCGCGGCGUGUCGCCCUUACAUACGGUGCAUGUAACACCACCACCACCAGCAGCACCACCAGCAACAGCAGCAGCAGCAGACGCGCGCCAGCGAGGAGAAGAAGGCCGUGCCAGCCCGUCUAAACGCACACGUGUGUAUGUGAAGCGGGAUGACCUGUUGCGCACGCCCCUGAACGGCAACAAGGCCCGUAAGCUGGCAUGGCUCACUGAAGAGGUAUUCACCUUGCCAUCGUCGUCACUGCCACACCUGGUGUCCUUUGGCGGCUACCGGUCCAACGUGCUGCCGGCCCUGUCAGCGCUGCACGCGCACUUCCAUACCCCAUGCCACUUCUGGACCAGCCAGCCCCCACCACACCUUGAACACGAUGUCUGCACACCUGGCGUGCAGUUCCACCACCCUUCAAAGCGGUGCACUUGGGAUGAACUGGAGCAGCUUGCCAAGAGCCAUGCAGCCUCGAUGCCGGACAACGCUGUCUUUGUCGCCGGUGGUGGCCACGAUACGCGUGCGGAGCUUGGCUGUCGUCAACUUGCCCAAGAGCUCGCGCACCAACUGUCCAACCUCCCAGUCAAGGCGGCCGUGGUGCUGUUCGCGUGCGGCAAUGGCACGACAUGGCACUACACGGGCCAGCACCUUCAUCGCCUGAUGGCCACCAAGUUCCCCGUCGUAUCUGCUGGCGUCCCCGUCGCCCUGAAACCGCACGACCUCAUCGCCUCCGUCGCCGCUCUCGGGCCCACCGCUGUACACGACGCUGGCAACAGCAGCAGUGGCACUGGCAACAAUGGUGGUGGUGGUUAUGCUGGUGGCGGCAACAGUGGCAGCAGUGGCAGCAGUGAUAUUGACAACUGCAGUAACAGUCACAGCGACGACAUCUCAUCGUGCAUGAUGAGCCCCCCUUCGCAGUCAUCCAUCCCCGUCCUCUCUCUGUCCAAAGACCCCGACGCAUGUCGCGCCUGGCUGCGUGAUGCCCUUUGGCCUCAGCACCACAAGCAAAGCGACGCGUCCCGCACACUACAGCCGCUUGAACCACUUGAACGGCUGCACCCCCUCACCGCCACGUCACAAUCGCUAUCGCACUGCGUGCUUGAGCCAUCGCGGCGGUAUCGGUUUGGAACGCCGCACCGCCGACUGUAUGAGUUGUGGUCGCACUGGUCCCGCUGCCACCCCGACAUCCCCAUUGACCUCCUGUACAUGCCGCCUGUGUUGGAUGUCCUCUACGAUCUGCUCCCACUCCUCCAUGCCGAGCACAACGACGACGACGACGACCAACCUGACGUCGACGCGGCUGUUGUUCUCUAUCACUGCGGCGGCCUCGAAGGCGUGCCCUCUUUGCUCUCCCGCUACCACCACCGCUUCAAGCAGCGAUAA